AUGAAAUUAGAUACCAUUGUGAAAAACGGUCUCAUUGCUACGGAGGGAGGCGUGCUUCCUGCUGGGCAAAGCAUUGGAAUUUCGCAAGGAAAGAUAUCCAUUAUAGGAUAUAAUCUGCCACAAAACUCAGAAACAAAAAUCAUUGACGCUGAAGGGGCUUACAUCACUCCCGGUGGUGUAGAUUCUCAUGUUCAUCUUGCACAAAAAAACGCGCCCACAGGAGACAGCUGGGAGACAGGCACUCGCAGCGCAAUUGCUGGAGGUACCACGACUGUUUUAGCAUUUGCUUCUCAGACAAAGGAGAUGACAUCACUUUUCCCUGUUCUUGAAGAAUACCAUGGAAAAUCCCGAGGACAAGCCUAUUGUGAUUAUGGGUUUCACUUUGUCCUUACAAACCCGACUGAAACGAUUCUUCAUAACGAGCUUCCUUUAAUUGCAAAGCAAGAAGGCAUUACAAGUGUCAAACUAUAUAUGACAUAUCCGCUGUAUAAGCUUUCCGAUCGUCAACUCCUUGAGACAAUGUUGGCUUGUCGAUCACUUGGUUUGACUACCAUGAUCCAUGCCGAAAACGGCGAUAUGAUUGAAUUCUUGAUUGAAGGACUUGAAAAAAACCAGAAUACAGCUCCUUUCUUUCACGCAAUCUCAAGUCCAAAGGUAGCAGAAGAUGAAGCAUCAUACCGAGCUAUUAGACUCGCAGAGCUAGUUGAUGCCCCUGUCUUACUCGUUCAUGUUUCUGCCGACGGCGCAAUGAAGCAUAUCAGAGAAUCUCAAACUAAACUGCUUCCAAUUCAUGCAGAAACCUGUCCGCAUUAUUUGUUUCUUUUAUCAGAAAAGUUAGCUUGCGAGGAGCAUGAUGCAUUUCAUGGGGCCAAGGGAGUAUGCUCUCCUCCCCUGCGUCACAACGUUGAAGAUCUCGAGGCGCUCUGGAAAGGAAUUGCAAAUGGCACCUUUACAGUAUUCUCAUCGGAUCAUGCCCCAUCUAAAUAUGAUCACCCCCAGGGGAAGAAAUCUGGGAUCAUAAACGGUAUUCCAAAGUUCAGCAAAAUACCCAAAGGGAUUCCUGGUAUCGAAACCCGGCUAUCUCUUCUUUUCAGUGAGUCAGAAGCAUGUCUUCCCAAAAGCCAGGCAAGACUCAGCUUGGCGCGCUUUGUUCAGCUCACGUCAGGGAAUCCAGCAAAACUGUAUGGGCUACCCCAAAAGGGGUCUAUCAUGCCAGGAUAUGAUGCUGACUUGGUCAUCUGGCACCCGCAAAACCAAGGCGAGAGAACUAUCUCACAAGAUUACCUUCAUCAUGGCGUGGAUUACACACCAUUUGAAGGAAUGCGUGUGAGGAACUGGCCCCGAUUCACGAUUUUACGGGGAGAGGUAGUCUGGAGCGCCGAUGAAAACUGUGUGACUGGCGUGAAGGGCUUUGGGCAAUUUUUGAAACGGGAAAAUGGUCAGGUCCUUGUUGGAAAGGUAGGCCAGCUUGCUUCUGGAAUGAUUGAAGGUGAACGUGAUAUGUGGCUGCCAAGAAAUCUUGCAUUAUCUUAA